CUGUACCUGUCAGCAGUCUCUGGUCAUUCCCUGCACUGUCUGCAGUCUCUGGUCAUUCCCUGCACUGUCUGCAGUCUCUGGUCAUCUGUACUGUGUCCCUGGUAUUUUCCCUGUACUAUGUCCACAGUCUCUGGUCAUCCCCUGUGCUGUGUCCGCAGUCUCUGCUCAUCUCCUGUACUGUGUCUGCAGUCUCUGGUCACCUCCUGUACUGUGUCUGCAGUCUCUGGUCACCUCCUGUACUGUGUCUGCAGUCUCUGGUCACCUCCUGUACUGUGUCUGCAGUCUCUGGUCAUCUCUUGUACUGUGUCCGCAGUCUCUGGUCAUCCCCUGUACUGUGUCCGCAGCCUCUGGUCACCUCCUGUACUGUGUCCGCAGCCUCUGGUCACCUCCUGUACUGUGUCCGCAGUCUCUGCUCACCUCCUGUACUGUGUCCGCAGUCUCUGCUCACCUCCUGUACUGUGUCCGCAGUCUCUGCUCACCUCUUUGUACUGUGUCCGCAGUCUCUGCUCACCUCUUGUACUGUGUCCGCAGUCUCUGCUCACCUCUUGUGCUGUGUCCGCAGUCUCUGGUAACCUCCUG